AUGGGUAGGGGAAGUGACUGACACCCUGUAUUAUGGCUGGUGACAAUUAACUGUAUAAUUUCAAAUGACUAAUUAAAGGGAUCUCAAAUGUUCCCAGCACAAAGAAAUGAUAAAUGUUUGGGGUGAUGGACAGGUCAGUUACGUGCUUACUCGCACUGCGUCCAUGUGCUGAGAUGUCAGCUGCACCCUGGCAAGUGCACAGUUAUUUGUCAAUGGAAGUCCCAUUUGAUUCAGCUAUUCCCUUCUGGGUAUCUUCCUAAAGGAGUUAAAAACAUCAUACCACAACAAUAUAUGUGCACCAAUGUUCACAGAAGCACAGUUCUGUUCAUAGAAGCACAGUUCUGAAGCUCUGUUCCUGAACUUCAUUUGUUCUACGAUUUUGGGAAGGAUGGCCAUCUUUGUGUCCAUGCAGGCAAGAUGGCCAAGGCUGUAUUUGUCACCCAAUGCAGUUUGCAAACAAAAACAAAAUUUGCCAAAUGUUCCUGUUUGUGAAGCAAACUAUUUGCAAACAGAAGUGUUCCUGAACUGAGGUACCAUCGUAGAUUGUUUUGAGUGCCAUGUUCGUGUCACCUGAUAGGUACUGCUUUCCACUGUCAGGUACGUGUGAGUUCAUUCCUUGACAGGCAAUAUGUCAAGAAAUUUAGAAUGCUGUGAGAUCCUGGAUCAAUAAAUGAUGUAUUUACACUGCACCUGCCAUUACACUAACUUAAAAAGUCUCGGACUGACUAGCUCCUCUUCUGUUAGGACAUACUAUUUUAUUUUCGUUUUAGACUCUCUUACAUCAUUGGAUUAGUGCAUUUUGUUUAUCUGUUUGUUUUUGGUACCAGGGAUUGAACUCUCGACCUUACGCUUGCUAAGCAGGCCCUUGUGCCACUGAGCUAAACCCCCAGCCCAUUGGUAUGUUUUUCACUGCUAUAGCAAAAUGUCAGAAGCAGGGUAAUUUGUUUGUUGUUGUUUUGUUUUCAAAUCUGUUUUAUUUCAAAGAAAAAAAUUUCAAAAUAUGUCAAGUCAAUCAGGGGGCAAAAAUGGUAUAUACAUUGUGCAUUGUCAUCCCCAAAUCAUGCACCCAGAGCACAAGACAUCUGUAUUCAAUUAUCUGAACAGUACCAACACAGAUCUUUUUCUUCAGUGAACUCAAGAAAUCAGCAGUAUAAUUAUCUUAACUAUAUUAUAUAUAGAUAUAUGUGUAUAUGUACAUGUAUAUAUAUAUAUACACACACAAAAUGUUGCUUCUUUCAGCUUCUCACACUAGUAAGUCAACAUGAUGUUUACAUGUGUGUCUGAUUUAUUUCACUUAUGAGUAUGGUCACAAAUUGCAUCCAUUUACCUAUAAAAGUCUUCAGUUAAUCAUUCUUUAUGGCUGAGUAGUACUCCAUUGUAUUAAAAUACCACAUCUUUUUUAUCUAUUCCUUGGUCAAUAGGCAUUUAGUUGUUUCCAAGAUCCAGCUAUUACAUACUGUGCUUCUAUGAACAUUGGUGCACAUAUAUUAUUGUGGUAUGAUGUUUUUAACUCCUUUAGGAAGAUACCCAGAAGGGGAAUAGCUGAAUCAAAUGGGACCUACAAUUCUAGUUUUCUGAAGAAUCUCCAUGCUGAUUUCUACAGUGGUUGCACCAGUCUGCACUCCCACCAAUAGUGGAGAAGGGUUCCUUUUUCCCCACAGCCCCUCCAGCAUUUGUUAUUGAUUUCUUGAUGAUAGCCAUUCUUUCUGGGGUGAGACGGAAUCUUAGUGUUGUUUUCUUUUGCAUCUCUUGAAUGACCAGUGAUGUUGAACAUUUUUUCAUAUAUUUAUUUUGUUUGUAUUUCUUCAUCUGAGAAGUCUGUAUUCAUCUCAGAUGCCCAUUUUUGGAUUAGGUCUUUAAAUCUGGGAAGACUUUUUGAAUUCUUUAUAUGUUCUUGAUAGUAAUCUCUUGUUGGAGGAACAGCUGGCAAACAUUUUCUCUCACAUUGUGGAGUGUCUCUUUACUCUGUUGGUGAUUUCUCUUGCUAUGCAAAGAAGCUGAAUAGUUUACACAGAAAAAAGGUUUCAUGAGCUCCCAUUACUGGGAGCUCCAGAACAUGGUGCCAGCUUCUUUGCACACUGGUAAGGUCCUGAUUGCCAGUGGCAUCACUAAGUUGGGAAAAUGUGUAGACAAGCAAUUAUGUAGUAAGAUGGGUACCUGGACAGGAGCUGGUCUUGGUCUUGUUUUUGAGAUAGGGUCUCACCACGUAGUUGUUGAUCACUACUGGUGAUCGACUUGUGACACCAACUGAACUGAAUCAGUGAGGUUCCAGGUGUGGAUGGCCUACCUGAGGAUUGAUGCCAAUAUAAAAAGGAGCACUGGAGAGGAAGAGAUGCUGGUGCUCCUGUUGUCACUGGUCCUCCUGGAGGAGAGUGUUGAGCUUCUUUCUUGACAUGAGCUUGGGACCUUGUUGCUGAGAAUGACUGGGUUCACUUUGGGCAUGUGCUGGUCUUUACCGCUUCCUAGACCCGAAGGGGAAGACAGUGUGCUGUGCAAUCUCCAGAAGUGUGUCACUCUGGUUUCCCAGUAUGAACUCAGCUGUUCUGUCAGAGGAGCUCAGGACCUCGCUGUCACUGAAGAUGGCUGUGGUACUUUUCAGGAGAGCUCUGGCUCUUGAGUGUCGCUUCCUAGCUCUAUCGCAGAUCUUUCAUCCCACAGUCACCGACUUUCUGGCUUCCACUGCUGACCUUUCCCAGUGCAGAUCCAUGAAAUAGACUUGCAUGAGUGGUGGGCUCUAGGUCUUCAGCUGGAUUCAUCCAGGAUGUUGCCAUGGGAUCCGGGUCCUCAGCUGCAUUUUUCUGAGGUCUUUAUAGUGUGUGGACAGACUUCCUGCACUUCUUGUAUUUGACUCUUUGGGUGACUACUAUAAAAUCACACUAUAAAUUAUGUGUCCUGUAUUAAACUGUUUUCCUCGCAAACCCUGACUACAAGUCUAGACUGACCUUAAGUUCACAGUGAUCCUCUUGCCUUGGCCUCCUGAGUGCUGGGAUUAUAGCCAUGUACCACCAUACCCAGCCUUGGUGUUGCUUUUUGUAGCAACUCUGAUACCAACUAACCAGAGACUAGGAAAACUGCAUUAAUCCUCCAGGGGCACAUCAAUAAACUACCCGACCCCCCCUGUUCUCCUUGUCCCUUGUGAUACUUGGGAUUGAAGCCAGGGCCUUUGCAUAGUGCUACAUCACCAGCCUGCCUUUUAAAAUAUUUUAGUGGCACAUGAUUGCAGUAGAUAAUGACUGCAUUCCUGCUGGGGAGCUGAUGCAUGUACACAACAUCUCAUUCCCUUCCCUUCUCUUUCCUUCUUCCUCUUUUCAUCUCUUAGUUCUCUUCUUUAUUGCAAAAGCCCUAUCUUCCUAUUUCCUAUUAAGUUUUUUAUUUUGUUAUUUAUAGUUUGGCCUUUUGAGCUAUUUCCCCAGCCCGGGAUGAUCUAUUUUUGAAUGCUAUUGUCAUAUGGACCUUUAGUUAACGGCUGAUUUUUAAAAUUAUGUCACUUUUCUUCUCAAAACUCCCUUUGGCUCCCUAUGGAAUGACAUCCAAUUCCUUAGUUCAAUACCAGCCCCUCACUGUCUUGGGAGUCCACUGUCAGGCCUCUGUUUGUACAGGUCUUUCUGGAAUGUUCUCCUCACUCCCUUCUCCCUGCUCAAAUCCUACUCAUGGUGCAAGGCCCAGCUGUAUCCUCUCCAUCUGGGUGCCCAGAGCACAAUUGUCUCCCAGCCCUCUCCUUGAUGUCAUAAGGACUCUGAUGCCUCCUUCAAGAUGUAACUGUCACUGACUUGACUUUGUCACUUUUUCUGUCAGUCAUUCCUCACAUCAGUCCUGUAAUUAUUGCUCCUGCUUGACUGAGCUGUGGCUAAGUUCAGGUUAAAAGCCCUGACUAAGGGCACCUACUAUUUAGUGGCAGAGCUAUGGGCUGUUUGUGUGUCUUUCAAGACUGAAAUCUCAGGAGAGCAGAGGUGGUGACUAGCUCAGUUACCCUACUGUAGAUGGCAGCUGCUAAAUAAACAUGAAUUCAAUAAAUAAUGCCCUUAAAAUACCCUGAAUUUUAGUACCUUCAUUUUAAAAUACCAGCGAAAGACCCAUGAUUCCAAGCGCUCUGCAGGGAGCAUCUCAGGCAGCAGGCAUCUUCCCUUACCAGAACGAUGAGGCUACCCGGGGCCAAAGACGGUCAGCAAUCUGCCCAAGGCCACACAACAGAAGCCAAUCUGGGAUCCACCAAAAGGAGGUUCUGGGGACCCCAAUGAGGUCUCCCCAAAAGUGCACACUCCCAACCAGCCGUGGCCACAGCAGGGCCCUGGGAUGAGUUCCUUGGCAGAGGCCCCGAGGCUGAGGAUGUCACAGGCGCCUGCUCCUGAAAAGGGUCCAUGAGACCCACAGGUCCUGGCACCAGCUCCAGGGGCCUCCAAGGCACCCGCCCUGCAGUGGACGAAGGAAAGCGUGGGGUGCGGGUGGGAGCAGGCGCGAAGCUCGGCAGCUCCACACAGAUGUGAAUUGUCCCUCCCACACUUCCCGGGCAGUGGGGGCCUCCAUUAGAGCCCCUAAGGAGUCAGAAUCCACACCUCCGCAAAUGGGCCGGCUUUCCCAGGGCCCCCCUAUCCAGACCUUGCCUGGGCUCUGUGGGUUUUGACACCUCUCUGCAACCUGGCAGGGGGCCACCUCGCACCUUUGGUCGGGAUAAAAGCGUAGGUCUGGAGGCGGCCCCAGGCUCCCGAGCCCGAAGCUCCGGCCGGCCAUGGCCCGCUCCCCGCCACCUCCGCAAAGCCUCCUUGGCCUCGACCCCUGGGUCUUCUCCCGGGGCUGGGACUGGGCCGGCCACGCGGACUCCACAUCGCCCGCCUCCUCCUCCUCGGACUCGUCAGGUUCGUGCCCCUGCGACGGCGCCCGCGGCUCCUCGCAACCAGUACUCGUGGCCCGCGGCGCCCGCGCCUCCGAGGCCACAGCCCCAGCGACGGGACGCGCACGGCCCGGACCCGCGGGGGGACCGCGGCGCAGCGCCAGCGAGCGCGAGAAGCUGCGCAUGCGCACGCUCGCCCGCGCCCUGCUGGAGCUGCGCCGCUUCCUGCCGCCGUCCGUGGCGCCCGCCGGCCAGAGCCUCACGAAGAUCGAGACGCUGCGCCUGGCCAUCCGCUACAUCGGCCACCUGUCAGCCGUGCUGGGCCUUAGCGACGACGGCCUGCGUCAGCGGCGGCGGCGGCGAGUGGACACGGCGUCCCCGCAGAGCUGUCCUCUCUGUCCUGACGGCAGCGGGGGGUCCUGGGGGUCCCCGAGUGCCUGCCCCGGACCGAGCGCUGUGCCUGAGAACCUGGGGAGCAGCGUCUCCGGCGCGAAUCCCUGGGGGUCACCCCCUUACUGCCCCAAGAUACAGUCGCCCCCGCACCAGCCUCUGGGGAGAGCCCCCGACGCCGCUCUUUGGAUGCCACCCCAGACCUGCGCGGGGACACAGUCGUCCCCAGAUCCCGCGAGCGCCUCUGUGCCCUGGACGCCGCCGCCGCCCGCGCCCCCGGAGCUGGCGGCUGUGUACCAGGGAAUCCCUGCGCAGGAACCCUGUCUGUCCCCGGGGAGCCCACCCCACCUGGCCGGCCCUUCAUGCCAGAGACUUCAACCUCACACCUCAUGGGGAUGCUGGGGCCACAGUGCUGAGGUGCUCCCCAGCUCAGAGCCCCAGGGACCUGGGUCUGCCUUCCAGCCUGGUGAUGUGAGCCCUGCCCAGCGCUCAGGCCUGUGGCUCAGCAGCUGCCCUGAACUUUGCCAAGAAGAUUUGGAUGGGACUCACCUGGGCAUCUUCUACUAACAACCCUGUGGACACCCUUUUCAGUCUGAAGUCAGGCCCAUGUGUGAACUGGUCAUGUGCUUCUUCAGGGCCUUUUAAAGCUUCCUUUUGCCACGGAGCCACUAUUCUGUGCGGUGCCUACCACCGAAACAGUGCAGGAAAACACAGAUAGCAGGUGUCCUCCCUGGCCAUAAUAGGGCUGUGGCAGUGCCCUGCAUUGCUGUGUACUGCAGAACACAGUCCAGGCUGCUCAGACCAGGGUGCUGCCUGCCCCCAAAUGAGGCCAGGCUGCAGCUGGUGGGGAAAGGGAUAAGAGAGAGCCAGGUCUGCACCCUGCCUCUGGGUAACAGCUGACCAAGGUGUGUGCUGUGUGCUUAGAUACACUGUAAUUAUUCUUUUAAAAAAGCAAAAGUAUACCUAAUAAAAAUUUGGUUUAGUCUGUUU